AUGGCAGUGGUUCCCCGCGUGAGAGUGCGAGGCGUCAUGACCCUCUUCCUCGCCGUCUCGAUCUUGUGGGCCUUGAUCUGGCUUCUAUACCGGGCAUGGCAGGUCUGUCAAACCUCAAAUGAUGUCCUGGUGGAGAAACUGGGCCUUGACAUUCCUCCACCGCCAGAGGUCACACUCGAGGAGAUCACGGCUCGCGAAAUUCGCAUUGCUUGGAAACAGCCAGACUUCCAUAACUCAAUACAUAAGCAUAUUAUUCAAGUGAAUAACGUGAAAGUGGGUGAAUCCAAACGAGCGGAAACAGCGGUGGAGAUAUCGAAUUUAUUACCCGGGAGCAUUUACCACGUCUGCGUUCUUUCCCUGAGUGCCGCCAAUUUUCAAACACCCAGUGCGAUCCUUCAUGUUCGCACGAAAUCCCUUCCGCUGUCCGAAAGCCAGCAAAAUGGCAAUGCCGGGGGUCCGAUUAUCCGCGCAUCAAUACCUAGGUCUACUGUAGGCCUGCCCGCGCCAUCUGCUCCCAUCAUGUCUCGCGAGCAUAGUGCAGGCCAAUUGCCGAAACGGCCCUCAGCUGGACGGAAGAUGUCGCCCGCAGCUGGCACAAUGGACGUUUCGCACGGACAAUUCGAAGAGACCAUCAAAAGCAGAGCAAAGACUGCCAGAGAUGAGACUUUGGAGCAGCUAGCAGAUCGUCUGAAGACUUUACAGCAUGAGAAUGAGAGCGUGGAGAAGCAGGGGGCAGAGGAGGAAGAAGAGCACAUUGCAUUACUAAAAGACCUUGAAAAUCAGCGCAGUGAACUGCGGAAGCGCGUUAGGGAGAAGGACGAAGCAAGUGGCGAUCUGAAAAGGCACGUCUACAAGCUGGAAAGUGUCAAUCGGUCUGUGCAGGGCGAAAAGUCAAAGCGCAUGAGACUUCUCCAGCAAAAAGAGGCGGAGCGCAAGAAACGCAAAAACGACAUUCUCCGGUGGCAGGAGAAGAUUGCGCGCAUGAAUGCCGACGCUGCGCAAGCGAAGGAAGACAAGACCAGGAUUGAAGAAGAAGGGACGGUGCGCGCAGACGAGGUCCGGGCCAAGAUCGCGAAAGAGCAGGCGGAGAUGAAGACAAUCGACGACGAGAUCCAAGAUAAAGGUGGACGGGUCAAGAAGCUCGAAGAGGAAAGAAUGGGGUUGCAAGAAGGUGAUAGCGAGGAUGGCAAGGAGCUAGACCGGAUUGACAACGAGCGAGCUCGUCAGUGGGAGCACAAGCUCGGUGCCCUUCACUCGCGCUAUGCUACGCUUGUGAACCUGCAUGCGCAGGCCCAGCAACAAUAUCAAGAAGCCCAAGAACGCUUGAAGUGGCUUACAGCUCAGCGACCCGGAAGCGCAGGCCCCUUUGCCUUGCCGACUAUGGAAUUUGACAUGACGAAUUCGUCCACGAUUCGACCCCGUCGCCAUCGCGGCUCACUCAAUAGCAAUGUGUCCUCCCCUGUGAACUUCCCGGGCAUCGAGACGUCGUUUUCAAACAGCUUCAAUUACAAUACAUCUGGUCAUUCACCUACCUUUCCCCCGAGCUCUGCGUUUUUCAAUAUCAACAAUGGCAUGGCCCUUGCCGGUCUGUCUGAACCCCCGGAGAUCAUGCGCUCAGAUACGGAAGUCGCUUUCAAUAACCCUCAGAUGAGUCCCCGCGCAGGCGCCCUCCUACCAUCCGACCUUCUUGGUGACGAGGAGUCGCCGGAAUUCCCACGCGUGACUCGUCCGAGGUUUUCGACUAUGGAGACACCUAGCAACCCCUUGGACACUUUCGGCCACGGCCCAGCGUCGCCCGUUUCUUCGGACAGUCGAGCUGGAAGCAUUUUUGCCAGCCCAAUGGAACCCCAAACCCGGCAGGACGAAUCUCAAGGAGUGCAUUUAUCUGCUGCUGGGGAUGCCCCGAAAAGUGCAUCGCGAAGGCUUUCUGGACUGUUUAGCUUCCAUCGGCCUCGUGGAAAGACUCUGGCAGACGAAUCACCUAUGCUGGGCACUUUGAAGCCCGGCCAGAGCCAGUCCUUCCCCCGUAACGUCGACGAGCUGGACCCAAUUGGCGUACGGCGUCGACGAUCUAGCUAUACCGGAAACUGGGCGAAUCCGAUGUCAUUGUUCCCUCGAAGCAACACAGCCGGUGUUACUCUGGACAGCUCUUCUGACCAUGCACCCUCACGACGAGCUGCCUUUUCGAAUAUUUUCUCAUCUAGCAAAUUUGGGUUUGGUGGUGCUGGAACCCGCGGGAAUUCCGAUCUUAGCAGUGGGUACAAUCAAUUCAGUCCUCGGCAUGAUCCUAUUGAUCCAUCGUCGCUUCUUGGCGGCGUUCGACGUGGCUCUCUGUCGCCACGGCCUUCACCGACCUCGUUCGACAACCAGAAUCAGCUUCCUCAUCCGUCGACAGAUAAUCGCCAUUUCGGAUGGCCAUCGACUGAAGGCGCCGGUCAUCGCAACAGCCCGCUUGGAUUUGACUGGGCCUCGCCUUCCACCUGGUCUCGAGCCCCUUCCAGGCGGCCUUCAAUCCAGUACGGAUCAUCGGGCCAUCUUCCUCUUGGUCUGGCCGGUGAGCCUGAUAUUGUGCAGGACACGUUUGAUCGACACCCUCGACCACUCCAAGCACCGAUUGGCACCCGCCCGUCGUCGUCUCAUCGACCACUGACUCCAAAGCUGAAUCCUGCUGCCCCUGCAUUCACAACCGUUCUCACGGACGAAAAGUCGGAAGGAAAAGAGAAAGGCAGAGCCAGUGAUUCUCAUAGUCCGUUUAACUUCAAUGAGUACGAUGGAUCUCCUUCUGAAUCCCGCACAUCCCGCUCCCUCUCGCACUUCACCGGCGAUUCAUACGAAUCCCUGGAGCGCAUGCCAUCUGGAGCCUCCUUGGACAAUGCUUCUAAGGAAUCUUUCAUUCGCAAGAUUACCCGUAAAGGCAGUUCCAGCAAAUUCAGCUCAUGGAAGGAUCGCUCGGGACUCUUUUCUAAGAAGGCGGACUCCUCGCAAGGAGAUAUUGACGAGGAAGCCAGCGAAGCCCAGCUCGGCAAGAGCGUCGAUAGUACCGUCUCGAGUAUGACAUCUGCCGACCGAUCGACCCGCAGUCUAGGAUUCUUCUCUCGCAAGUCCCGCAAGUCCGACAAGGCUAGUGAGACUAGCGAGCGAGCUAGUGAGACUGGCGAUGAAGAGAUUACGGAGGGGGCUGAGAUCUGA